UGGUAAAUUUUGCGACUUUUUGGUUUGUUUAUGUAUUUUACGUAGAAAAUGUAUAUUUUACAUUUUCUACUGUCGCAAAUGUAGAAAAUGUAAAAAAUUCAUAAACGAUUCAAAAUGUACAUAUAUUCAGUGAUACAAUGACUUUUUACACUGUUUUAAGUUCCAUUGUACUAGUAUACAUCAUAUAAUACACACAUACGCUCUUCAGUUCAAAUUAAUACGUUCAUGCAACAAACAAUAAAAAAACAAAUACAAAUAUAAACUAAGAAAGAACGGGAAAGCAAAGAAGCGAAAUGAAUAUAGCAAGCCGCCUUCACAGUCACUCUAACUGUAUUCUCCCAUGUUUGCUUAUUUGUCAGUGUAUAUGUGCAUGAAUCGGCGAACCGCUAUAAUGCGAGCAACAUAUAUAACAUAAGCGAAAUAGAUUAGCAGUGUACGCGAAUGACAUUUACAUACAGCGCAUAGAGGUUGAGUCAUUCGCGAUUGUCAAAACGUGGUUUUAAAAUUCAUAACUUCAAUUUUCGUCACAUAACUUUGAAUUACAAAUAUAGUGAAAAUGUCUAAUGCAUUUGAUAAAUUGAUGUCGCAAAGUGGAAAGAGCGAUUCAGCGGAAUCAUCACCAUCAGCAAGUGUUGGACGGCCAUUGCAUGACCAAUGGUUUGGUUACAAAAAAGUGCCUCACAGAGGAAAGAUGGUGGCAAAAUGCAUGAAUUGCAUGCAAUUGAAGACGAACACGGCAAAAGACCGCUUGAUGAAGCAUCGUCAAACGUGUGGCUCUGCCAAUAUCGAGGAAAAUGAAUUAGCUGAAUCCGCGAAUUCCGAUGGUACUGAAAAUCUUGUUGAAGUUGAACUGGAAAGAGCCCUUACGCAAAGUGAAACCCAUUCAAUCGUGGAAAGUGGCGACGAUUCGCGACCAAGCUCAAGUUUGACGAACUAUUCGGCUGGCUCGCAAGAUUCAUCAAGCUUGGCACCAAAGCAGCCAAAACUGAAGCGUUUUAUGGAUCAAGUGAAGCCAAUCGAAGCUGAAAAUAUUGAUUCACUUUUGGCGGAAUUUUUUUUCGGUUGCAAUAUACCAUUCCAAGUGGUGGACUCAAAGUUUUUCAAGAAGUUCGUAAAUGCGUUGCGCCCGGCGUACAACCCACCUCAUCGGCAUCUGUUGGCUGGAAAGUUGUUGGAUAAAACUCACGAAAAGAUCGAAAAGCGCAAUGAAAAGUUGGUCGAGAAAAUGGAUAAAAGAGUAACUCUCUUGGUUGACGGUUGGCAAAAUUCGUCAGCAAAUCGUCACUACGUCGCAACUAUGCUUGCAUCUUCAAAUGAUCAGAAGAUCUUCUUGGAAUCAUUCAACUUUUCAACGACCCGAGAAACAGGAGACAAUCUUCUUGAUGCUGUUCAACAGGCGGUUGUUCUUGCGGAUGAACGAUAUGGAGCCGUUGUAUACGCUAUUCUCACCGACAAUGCAUUUAGUAUGCAAAAAAUGGGAAGAGAUGCUAACAAUUUGCUGGACAUACUCUAUUCGACUUGCAACGCUCAUUCAGCGAACUUGUUGGCAGGUGACAUUUUGCAAAAAAAGGAAUACGAAAAGAUCAUGAAAAAGGUGAUGAAAGUACAGAAAGAUUUCCGAAGAACUGUCUUGGCCAAUCGUUUAGUAGAUGCCGGUGGUCAUAAGCCCAUUUUAUCUUGUACUACGCGUUGGACGAGCCAACGAGGUGCAGCCGAUUCGAUGCUUAAGAAUUUGUCAGCUAUGAAAACCGUAACCGCUGCUUGUGAUUCUGAAGCAGAAUUGGAUCCAGAUGCAAAGAAACCAAAACGUAAAGUUGUUUCACUCCUAUUCAACGAAGGAUUUUCCGCAUCAGUCCGAAAUCUACUUACAAUCCUGAACCCAGUGGCUGAACUGACAAACUUCUGCCAGAAAAGUUCCGCUUCAUCUGCUGAUGCAGCUGAAAAAUGGCUUCAAUUGCUAACCGAUGGCCCUGAAGAUUUGCAACCAUUCCUAAAAUACCGCAUCAAGCAGAGCAACGUUCUCAACACAGUAACAAUGACAGCCAACUACUUGCAUCCAACGUAUAGAGGUAAACGGCUUAGCGAACAUCAGUUGACAGAAGUAAAUGCAUACCUUCUCGAAAAGCUCGAUAGCGAUCAACUCGAAUCGUUGCGUAAAUUUACGAAAAACGAGGAUGUGUUUGCUAAUUUGGUCAACAAAAGAGGUCUGUUACCGCUUACAUUCUGGCAUUACGCCUCUGAACUUGGUCAUCGAAAGCUAGCUGAAUUCGCUAGAGAUUACUUAAAAAUUCCUGCAUCAACCGCUCAAUUGGAACGUCUAUUCUCGAAUUGGGCUUAUGUACACAACGAUAUCAGAAAUAGAUUAUCGGAUGAAACUUCAAAAAAGCUGGUGAACAUGUAUUUCACACUAAGAUCAACGGAUGAAUUACCCGAUAUGGACAACGACGACAUUGGCAACUUCAGCGACAACGAAUCCGAAUCUGGCUCCGAAAUGUCUGACUAAAAUCGUCACUUAAAUGCAAAUACAUUUUCAUUCCACAAAGGAAAGAAAUCAAAUAAAUUGAAUCUCAACAAUAAAGAUCGACAAUUAAAUGUACUAUUUAGAAAUAGGCAAAAUUCAUUUCCACUUCAUAUUUUACAUGUCAUUUUCAUUGAGUUUUCAAAAAUAAAGUCAUAUUUUUUCAUAUAUAACCGGAAAUUGAGUGCAGUUUAUAUUCAUUCUUGUUGAAAAUAAUUUUCUACAAAUACAUGUAAUUUACAUGACAUUUUCCGUGUAUUAUACAUCGAAUUUUCUACAUUUUUUACAUGUAGAAUAUUACAUGUAAUUUUCUACGUACCA